AUGCCUCGUACACUUUUUAAACUUUCCAACGAUGAUUAUGAAGCUCAAGUGGACUGCCGUCCAGUCCGGCGACGGCGGCGGGGAUCGUCUGGAUUUGAAGAAUCAGCAGCUGAUUUUACCAUAAAGUCCCCCAACAUUAUCCGCUGGAGUGGUAACAUUGCUCUCAUUGGUAAAACUCUCUUUACACUUUGGGGAAGACUUCUUGACAGUUAUCGGCGGCCUUUGGGAUCUGAGGGAACUUCAACGGCAGCUGCUCCUGAUGGCACAUUGCCAUUCGUCGUGGAUACGAAUGAUGGUCGCGUGGCGAAGCGUAAAUUAACCUCAACACAAAUACCGGAUGAUGGGAUUUGGCAGAGUACAUUUGGUAAAGGGGCUUCACUAGAGGUUAUGUUCACUUAUUUAUAUGACGCUGUUGAGAACUUGGACAGUGCGGCGUGGUUGAUUGCUUUUGGUAUUAUUGAUAAACUUCAUCUUCAGUACGCACUUCACACACAUCGGGGACGGGAACGAAUUUCAGACUCUGUGGCCGCUUACCACUCCGGUGACGUGGCUUCUGCUGCUACUGCUAUUGCUAACAAUAGUAAUAGUAAUGAUAAUGUAAUAUCAAAUUACCCGUCCUUUCGCUUUUUUCUUGGUAACACUUGGAGGAAUCUUUUUGUGGCAUAUGGUCUUGCGCUAAAGUGGCACGCCGAUGCCGCAGUAACAUUUGAGUAUUUGGUAACCCUUCUUCCUUAUGCUUCAACGCAGAUGCAACGGUAUCUUUGCAAAACGACCGCGCGUGUUGAGCGGGAAAUGCUUCGGGCACUGGAUUUUAAUGUCGCUGUGGAGCUCCGUAACGUGAGGGAACUGUUGGACGUUUUUCUCACAUCUGUGGAGCGCAUGUGCCUCUCCGCAGCCAUUGAAAAAUGA